ACAACACGAAGGAGAAAGAGAGGAAGAAGGACGAAGACGAGGCUUCUGUGUAAACAUGAUAAUGGCGAAAAGCUAACGGUGACAUGAGGACAGCCUGAGCUACAGAGACUGUACCUGUCAGUACCCAUUAAUGAUGCCCUGUCAUUAAAGAUGGGAGGCAGCGGAUCCAAAGCUAAAGGGGUCUGGCCUUUCACUGGCUCAGGGGCUAGUGGAGACCCUCCUGAGGUCAAUGAUCAGUCUUUGGCCCGAAUGUGUGGCUACAAAAAUGCAACCCCGUUUGUCUUUACAAGGAGGAGCUCUCUGUAUUAUGAUGAGGAUGGAGAUCUGGCCCACGAGUUUUAUGAAGAGACAGUGGUGACUAAAAACGGGCGAAAGAAGGCAAAGUUGAAGAGGAUCUACAAAAACCUCAUACCUCAGGGGAUUGUGAAACUGGAUCAUCCACGAAUCCAUGUCGACUUCCCAGUCAUUAUCUGUGAAAUUUAAAAGAUAUGUCACAGACGUGAGACUAGGAGAUGUUUCAUCAAUCAAGCCUUUCACAUCUCCAAGACAAUCUUGCCUGUUCUGAUAGGCAUUAGUGGCUCCCAAUAUCAUCAUAAUUUAUCUCAUGCAGUUUGAGCCACACUGCCCUCAUGUGGCUAGAGGGACUUGGAGCAGAUUUUUUUUUGUCUAUAGGGGCACUCUCUCAAUUGUGUAAAGUAACGCUUGAAAAGCAGACUGAAUUGGAGUGUUUGUCUCCUUUAUGUACUGCUAGUCAGUAAAUGUAUUCGUGUAAACAAGAAGUGAAUACAGAGUAAUGAAAAUGCAGGGAUUGCUGGAUUUAUAUUUUUGCUGACUGAGCAUGACGUCUUUUUGUUGUGUUGUAUAUAACAAUUCUGUUAUAUGUUUGCAUCUCAUUGUGAGUCCAGACCUUUAGUAAUAAUUAUUCACUGUACAGUAAUUUAUGAAAGGUAAAAUGCUUUUAAUAAAAAUAAACUGGUAUCAAGUGUGCAAAUAUAUUGUAAUCUUGUUAU